AUGGAGUCCCAGCCUGUGAACGGUCCGCCCAUGCCAGGUCGAGCCACGAUGCAAGACAUUCAAGCUCUCUUGAAUGGGGAAGCUCUCAAUCAUCUGGCGCCUGUUCCCGGGGGUCGAUGGCAGAUGCUGUCUCGUGUCGAUAACAUCAUCCUCGUUGCUUAUGUUUUAGAAGACGGUACCCAGUUUAUGACCACCACAGUCAAUCUAGCAUUUGAUACUCAGACUGCUACGGGCCUUUGUUGGCAGCACAUCUACAACUUCCCGGCAGCAGCCUACAACCCAGACGGAACUUGGGAAGACGAGAGUUCACAGGCACAAUCUGCUAUCAGCUCAAAUGCGCAGAUGGCAACCUCAGCCCCAAUGAACCAGCAGGUGAACAACACUUGGACAUCAGGUCCCACAGUCCUCCAUGCUGGCGGCGCACCAGUCUUAGCCAAUCUUCAGCUCCCUGCUCCAUAUCAACCCAUCAACACCGUCCAGGGCCAACAGCAGCCUCACAAUCAAGCCCAGGCACUUGUCGCACCAGACUCGGGAGGGACGGGCCCGUUUCAGCAUACGCAGUCAAUCGACAUGUCUGGGGGUCCCACAGGAGAUCUUUCUGCUUACAGUGUAGCAGCGUUCCAGGAUGGCAGCGACACGAUCUUUGAUGCUGGGCAAUUUGUCGUCCAGAACGGACAAAUCCAGAACAUCCAUCAAUGGCAGCCCUUCCCGUAG